AUGCAUUUCACAUCAUACCAUAAAUCUUUGAGGAAUUGUCUAAAGAAAUGGAAUCCACAGCGUUUACACGUCUAUCCAGAGAGAGGAUCAUCAUUAUUUUUAUUUUCGCAUGAUAACUUAUUUCGUCGUCUCUGCUAUAAAGUUAUUACCCAUCCAUAUAUGUUUAUUGUAUGGGUAUCUGCAACCAUCAUCUACACAGCAACUAUUGCGGCAUUUCAACCGAAUUAUAAUCUUGGAGAUACGGCCCAUACAGUUUUACAUGUUCUGCAAAUUGUACUAAUGGUUUUCUUUUGGUUCCGUUGCAUUCUUGAAAUCAUCGCCGUUGGCCUUCUAUUACAUCCUCAUUCUUUUUUACGCAGUUUUUGGAAUAUUGUGGAUGUCGUUUUAAACAUCAUUGGUAUUGUGGAAUUAUUACCCUUGGCAAAAUAUCAUCGAUGGAUUCACGCAUUUGCCGUGGCGAGACCACUUCGUUUUCUCUUUCGUCUCCCUGGUGUCAUUUCUGUUAUUUUGCCGAUAGUGCAUGAACUGUGGAUUUUGGCUGAAGUGAUGCUCAUCUUUUUUCUCUUCGUUGCCGCCUUUGCACUCAUUGCUGUAUUUAUUGUUGGCGAUCAGUUGAGCGGCCGCUGUCAAAUCACCGCGGCGGACCCGAACGGCGUCUACGCGUCUCUUCCGCUGCCGUUUUUACUGCGGAAUGUAACGAAUGUGUGCGGCGCGGGUUUUAAUUGCCCAUUCAUUGCGGGGGCGACUGUGGAAUGUGUGCGGGAUGGUGAGAGUUCAUAUGUUUCUGGGUUUCUGGCUUAUAAUAAUAUUGGGUCCGCUAUGCUUGUGAUGAUGAAAGUAAGUACAAUGGAUAAUUGGUAUCAAGAUAUGGAAAAUAUUAUGAAUGCUCAUGGUGGGGCAACGGUACUUCUUCUUGUUUGUAUGGUACUGGUGUCAUUUUUUUUCUACUCUCUCUUUCUUGCUGUUUUACAUGAAUCCUAUAUUCAGAGUAAAAAACAUUUGCAAGAAUUAAAUCCUCCCUCUGAAACAAAUAAGGAAUUUUUACCAUUAAGAGAAGCAUGGAAAAGAGAUGCAGCCGUACAAAUACCAGAUGAGGGAUCACCAUCUUUAUUAUCUCCAAUAGAAGUAAGAAAUGUACUGGAUCCAAAUAACGUAUGUUCGUUUGAUAAUUCUUUUGAUAUUUUGAGUGAUAUACCUAGAAGAAAUCAAGUUCAUUGCUUUGUUCCUUAUCCUGGUAAAGCUCCUAUACCAUCAUUUAUGCAAGCAUAUAGAAUGUAUGGUUUUAUGAAUGCUUUACGUGAUCAGGAACGUUCUCUCUACGGACCUAUUUUAAAAGGAAAAAUUGCGCAUAUUAUCGUUACUUUAAUAGAUAGUACUUCUUUUUGCCUUUUUAUGAUACUUAUGAGUUUAACGAAUACCUUAUUACUUGUAGUCGUCUGGGAAGGUAUGAAUAGUACUAUUCAAAAUCAUUUAAUGAUUUCUAGCGCAUUUUGUUCAUUAUUUUUUAUCAUUCCUGUUAUCAUGAAAUGUUUUUCAUUUGGACCAUUAAAAACUUUUUCAGAUGUGUGGAAUAUUUUUGAUGCUCUAGCUGCAAUAAGUGGACUUUUAGAAUUAUGUGUACCCAAAAUAUUUGAUAUUCGAAUUAUUCGUGGAUUAAGAACUUUACGAGUUCUUCGUUUAGGGAAGUAUGUUCCUUUUCUACGUGUAUUUGAUCAAUAUUUUGUUGCCGAUGUUGCUUAUUUAAUUGGUCUUAUUAUUACUACGUUGAUAUUAUAUGCAAUUUUGGGAAUGCAGCUUUUUGGCGAUUCAUACCGAAUAGAGGGUUGGCUGCAUGGAUCCUUUGGGACCUUUUGGGAGGCUCUCUGGAUAUGUUUUAUUGUGUUUACCGGUGAUAACUGGACAGAUUACAUGUAUGCAGCGAUAGCGACGGGAACACCAGUAACAGGAAUCAUUUACUUUAUUACACUUUAUAGUAUUUGCCUUGUAGAGUUUAGUUUAUUUCUAAGUCUUAUGAUUUAUCGUUGUGAGUGUAUUUUAUCGGCUCUUGAGCGAACAGAGGGUAUUGAGUUUCCUCCAUUGUUAGUACUUCCACCCUAUCGUUUUACACCAUCUGCCAAUACCACCAGUAUACGGUUAUCUAUUUUGGAUAAAUCCCAAUAUGGAUUUCUUGAUGAAGUUUCUAAACAAAAAUUAGGGGUCACAUCACGAUUUGAAAAAAUUUUUUCAUGGUUAAUCUCUAGUCGACCAUUACGAGUGAAAGGAGAUUCAUUCUACGUAUUUAGACCGGAAUAUACAUUUCGCAAGUUUUGUUUACAUAUUCUUGGUUCUAUGUGGUAUCAUUUGAUUGUUAUAUUUCUUGUUUUGGUAGGAAUUGUAUUAUUAUUUUUUGAUAAUAAUAAUAAUAAUACCCGUUGGAUAAAUAAUGCACUCUUCUCAUUUCACCUUGGUUAUACGGUAUUUUUCAUUUUUGAGAUGUUUGUUAAAUGGUUCGUAUUUGGCGUUUUUUCCCCAUCAGCAGAACGUGAUCAUACAGUGGUAAAUCCACAUAUUGUGGCUUACUUUAGAGAUGUAAGUAACUGGAUAGAUUUUAUUGCGAACAUUUUCUCUUUUGCGGGUAUUUAUUAUCCCCCAUGUCGUUCUGUAAAAACCAUUCAAUUUAUUCGAGUACUGACAAGCCCAGAAUACCCUAAUGUGGUUUUUAAGGAUUCCGUUAAGCAAAUAAAGUAUAUAUGGAGUGUCUUAUUUCUAAUAGUAUACGUAUUUAUUAUUUGUAGUAUUUGUGGGAUGCAGUUUUUUUCUGGAGUGUUACAUUAUUGUACAGAUCCAAACAUAACCGAAGAAUCUGCGUGUAAUGAAACUUUCCUUGUAAAGAUACCUGGAUACACAGAGGAUGAGUCCUUUGUGCGGGAGAGACAUUGGUUAACGGAGGAAUUUACAUACGAUACCUUUGGAAGUGCCUUAUUAUCUGUAUUUGUAUUAGGAUUAGGUAGUAAUUGGACCUCCCUUAUGUAUGUUGGAAUGGAUAGUGUAAGUACAGGGAAAGCAUUAUCACGUAAUCAUUCAGGAUAUUAUGUAAUAUAUUUUGUUAUUACUGUUAUUAUUCUUCGUUUUGUGGCAUUAAAGACUAUUAUUGCAGUUAUUGCUGCCUACGUAUCUCGUUUACGUAGUAAGUGCAAUAGUCAAACUGGAUUUUUAAAGGAUGAAAACCAGUAUAUGAAGGCCAAGUUUAUUAUAAAAGUAGUUUCUAUGAAAAAUAAAAGUCCUCCAAGACGUAAUAUAAUUCGUUGGACCGCACAUAGAAUCUUGACGGCUCAAAGUUCAAAAUUAACCUAUUCAUAUGUUCACUACAUUGUACAAUGUGUUAUUUUUAUUAAUUGUAUAUUUCUAGCUACCACAACUAGUAAUGAACCUAGUUGGAGAGAAAAAAAGAUUUUUUCAGUUGAUAUUUUUGGUAUUAUUAUAUGUGGUGUAGAAGUACUUUUGCGAUUAGUAGCAUAUGGCCCAUAUCAAUUCUUCUAUUUAACAUGGAAUAUUAUUGAUCUCAUUGUAUUGAUUCUUAUUAUUAUUGGGGCUGCUAUACCUUCGGUUUCCUUUAUGCGUGUUGUUCGAGUCAUCAAACUUUUAAAAUGGUACUCCAUUGAUAGAAUCUUUUAUUCUAUUUAUCGUAACAAAUUUUGUCUAUUUUGUGCUCUUGCUCUUUGUUGUACGUUCUUAUUAUUGUACACAUUUGUGGGAGUGGAUGUAUUCGGACGUAUUAAACUAUACCGCGAUGGGAUAACAGAAAACCGCAACUUUCAUACCGCCAUUAAAUCUCUCUUGUUGAUGUUUCAAGUGGCGACUUUGGAUGGAUGGGAAAAAAUUAUGCGUGCGUGUGCGCAGAGUCCUUUACGAACGGAUUGUAUUCCGGGAAGUUUAAAUGAAAGAUGUGGUUCUAUUGUUUCUUCUGAGAUAUUCUUUCUUACUUAUAUGGUGCUUGCGGUGAUUCUUCUACAAUGGCUGAUGGCUCUUUUUCUUGAGCACUUUACCACGCAAUUGGAAGAUGAAACCACAGAUGCCUUUCUUCAGUUUAAACGCAUGUGGAUAGAAACUGUUGGUUCUACUAAAGAUCGAAUUAGUUUUAAGAAUCUUCUUACUAUAAUGAUUCGUAUUCCAUCUAUACUGACGGGAAUUCCAAACAACUCUAAAGAAAACCAUGUGUGGAUGAUUCGUUUUCUCACAGCUCUUCAACUUCCCCUGGACUCUAAAUAUAGAAUUCGAUAUAAUGAUAUUCUUUGUGGACUUGUAUAUACAAAUUUUAGAAUUCUCAUGCGGCGUGAAUUUACAUCUUUUACUUCUCCGGCUCAUCGUGAUAUCUUUACGGCUUCUCAGAUGUAUGCGGCGGUUCUUAUUCAACACCAUUGGCGGCAACGCCGUUGUGUGCGAGAUGCCAAUCGCCACGCCAUGCUGGACCCUGUGAAUACAGAGAAGAUGAUGAGUAAAGAAACAACAGAACUUUCACACCUCCAGUCCCUUGAGCCCUCACAACAACAACAACAACAAAUGCAGAAAGAAGAAGAUGAGACGGCGAGUGGACAACCACUGCGGCUGCAAGUCGCUGGACAACUUCCACGUGGGGCGUUGGCGGCUCCCGGCACUUCUUUGUUUAUGUUUGACUUUCUGGAUUCUAUGCGCAUGCGAAUGUCAACACCAACAAUACCAGCAACAACAACAACUACAGUAACACCGCGGGCCCGCUUUGAUAGUGCCUAA